AGCUAGUCAAACAAAUUAAAGGUCCAUCAACAUAUGCUGUGGAGGAAUUACACAUGCUGAAAGCAACCAAACACCUAACGAAAUAAACGAGAUUGCUAGUUAUGAACCAGAACCAGUAAAUUUAAUACCUCAUAAUGCUCAACACGAAAUUGCGCAUGUCGAUAAUGAGACGGUUUUAGAGUCUGCUGUUAUAUCUGGUAAUGGUAAUGCUAAUAAUGAUAGAUUACUUAUAAGAACUGUUUCCGUCCACGAAACUGAAUCAUCAAUAACUGAAAUACGAUGAAGCGAUAACAUUAAAAUUGAAUUAAUUUCCAAAAUUACGAUGGAUAGGUUAGUGUCAUUUUCACUUCAUUCGCAGUUGCUGAUUCUUUAAAAUAUUUACAUUAUUUUUUUCAGGUAUGCUUCGAAAUCUUUUCCAGAACAUCCUCAGUGCAAUCUUAAAAAAAAACUUUACGUUGCUCGACAAUAAAGAUGCAAGACUGCUCGAAUGCACCGUCAUUUCUAUGAAUUGCGAAAUAAAAUGAAUCAAGACAAUUUCAUUCUGCAGCACUGCCGUAUUGCAAAAUGUUCUAGAAUUAGACUAAAAUAAUCUAAAGGACCUAAAAAUAUGAGUGCAGAAUACUACGUUACGGUUAAAAAUCCACAUAAACAAAUAAGAGUUUGUAAAUCUGCCUUUCUUAAAACAUUGAAAGUGGGUAUAGAUCGAGUUACUGGCAUUUUAAAAAGAUAUUUUAAAGAUGGAGGGAGUAUAGCAAAGGCGGUGGCAACCAUAAAGAAGCACGUUAUGCUGAAAUACGAAGAAGGUUAGAGAAUUUAUAGAGGCUUUAAAAGCUGCAGAACCGCAUUACUGUUGAGCACUGUAUUUGCCACCAAUACGUAAUAUCGUAAAGCUCUGGAAAAUGUACCUAGAGCAAAUUAAGGAGACACCACAGCUUAAAGUUGAACAAUCUUAUUUUCGUAAUAUUUUUUACAAAAAAGUAUAGUGUUGGAUUUUGAUCGCCUUUGAAAGAUACCUGUUCUCGAUGCUUUGAGUUAGCUAGAAAAAUAGAAACUGCAUCCACAAGUGAAGAAAUGGUAACAUACAAGUCGCAGAAACGAAAACUUACCUUAAAAGCUAAAGCUUGUUAUCAAUUAUUGAAGGUUGAACCAGAAAGUUGUAUUUCACUCUCCUUCAAUUGCCAAAAAAACUAUCAACUUCCCAAAUUACCCGGCCAAGCGGCUUACUUUAGUAGGCAUUUGAAUAUGU